AUGCCGGACGAGCUGACGGAGCCCGGGCGCGCCACGCCGGCCCGUGCCUCCUCCUUCCUCAUCGAGAACCUGCUGGCGGCAGAGGCCAAGGGCGCCGGGCGCGCGGCCCAGUGCAGCGGCGGCCGUGAGGACGAGGAGGAGGACGACGACGACCCGGAGGACGAGGACGCGGAGCAGGCGCGGCGGCGGCGGGUGCAGCGACGGAGACAGCUGCGCGUGGGCUCCGGGCCCGGCGGGGAGGCGCGGGCGCGGGCUCUUCUCGGGCCUGGCGCGUUGGGCCUCGGUCCCCGACCGCCCCCCGGCCCCGGGCCGCCCUACACUCUGGGCUGCGGCGGCGCAACGCGCUGGUACCCGCGGGCGCACGGCGGCUACGGAGGCGGCCUCAGUCCCGACACCAGCGACCGGGACUCACCCGAGACGGGCGAGGAGAUGGGCCGCGCUGAGGGCGCCUGGCCGCGAGGCGCGGGGCCCGCAGCCCUGCAGCGGGAGGCGGCGGAGCUGGCGGCGCGGGGCCCGGUGGCCAGCGCAGAGGAGGCGGCGGAGCUGGCCGAGGCGCCGGCAGCCGGGGAGGCGCGCGGCGGCGCGGCGCUCGGCGGCCGCAAGAAGAAGACGCGCACGGUCUUCUCGCGCAGCCAGGUCUUCCAGCUCGAGUCCACCUUCGACCUGAAGCGCUACCUGAGCAGCGCCGAGCGCGCCGGCCUGGCCGCUUCCCUGCAGCUCACGGAGACGCAGGUCAAGAUCUGGUUCCAGAACCGCCGCAACAAGUGGAAGCGGCAGCUGGCGGCCGAGCUGGAGGCGGCCAGCCUGUCGCCCCCGGGCGCGCAGCGCCUCGUGCGGGUGCCGGUGCUCUACCACGAAAGCCCCUCCGCCGCCGCCGCCCGGCCGCCCGCCGCACUGCCCUUCCCGCUGGCGCCCACCGCGCCCGCGCCGCCCCCGCCACUGCUCGGCUUCUCCGGGGCCCUGGCCUACCCCCUGGCCGCCUUCCCGGCCGCCGCCUCCGUGCCCUUUCUGCGGGCGCAGAUGCCCGGCCUGGUGUGAGCCCCAUGCGCUGGCGCACUCCCCGCGCCGCUAGGAGCUCUGGGGAAGCCCGGCCGGCACCGGCGCGCAGGGCCGUCCAGGAGGGCUGUGCGCUCCCCCGCCGCCCUGGGCCUCGGGCGUGCACGCUUCGGCCUGGUGGGCGGAGGCUCUGUCCCCAGCUCCCCAGAAUGUACCAGGGACGUGGCUCCCCAAACAGUGGCAAGGCUGGAACUCCUCCUUCCCCCAAGGGAAGAGGGCGUCGCAGAGAGACUGGCCCUGUUCGCAGAGUACCCCAAACAAGCCUGUGCCUGGAAGUCCGUUUAGCCACCCCCUGGGGAGCCAGCCCCUGCCAGCCCCAAGCAAAGACAGACACACAGGCUGUCCAAGGAGCUCCGGAGGUCCCUCCCCAACCCACGGUCCCUCCCCGGCACCACUCAGGGACCAGGUUGGGAGGGCCACCUGAGGACUGGUCAGCCUCAGGCCUCGGCAGUGGAUGGGUCGGCAGAGAGAGAACCUCAGGAAGAGAGACCCUGCGGAGGGGAAGGGUGAAGACCCAGACACACCAGACAGGUGACACUUCUCACAUCUCAGGUCGUCCGUUCGGAUGACAGGGCCAGACUGGGGCUUCUUUCCUGGGCUGUGUCUCCUGGGCUGUGGCCUCCAGAGGCGAA